AUGAUGGCAAUAGAAUCAAUUAUCCACGCGACCGAAGUCUUGUCUAAGCUCUCAGCAAUUAACAUCCAAGACUUGCUCCCGCACCGAUGUGCAUUAGAGCAUACGUUUGAUAUUAUCAAAAACACACUCGAAUCCAUUCAUUCAGAACGCUCUCAGACUUCUCCUGCUAGGUCUUUUUCAUCUGAGACUCCUUCGACUACCCCCUCGGUUCCCCGACCGGAACCGCAUGCUGGUAGAGACACUGAAAGAAAUGACUUGAGUGAGGAUACUCGUGAAGAUAUCGCUUCAGAUCUUAAGUCUCUUUCUCGGGCACUCUCUGAUUGCAAACAAUCCCAGAAAAUUAAGGAAUAUCUGUGCUCGACAGACCUUGAUCCCAUCAACUAUUCAGGGGGUGACUGGACUCAAGAAGACCCUCGCGUGGUCGACAUCCAAUUUUGUUCACGUACCUGCUCACUGGAUUCCAAGUUUCGACGGGGCUUAGCCCAAAGAUCCUUGGCCAUAGAAUUUGACAACUGGGAACGAGCAGAAUACCAGUCUUCCAGAGUUUCGGAACUUCAUCAGGACCCUGAUAUGGCUGAUUACAAACAGAAUGGGCACAUACACGAAUUCCUCCAGUCGAAUGCCGAUCGUUUCAAGGAUCGAAACUCAACUUUACAUGGAAUUAAACACGGCAUUCGACUCCUUGUAUUCGAACUCAUUUUUGGCCACGCUGGGGUCUCGGCAAUUUUGGUAUUAUUUUACAGCCACUUCAGAGGCGUAAAAUACAAGAAUCACAUCGAGUUGAAGAGUCUGAUACUUGAGUCCCCAUGGCAGUCAUUAGCAAUCCACAAAUCGUCAUGGCUGGAGGAUUGCCAGCACCGUUAUGAUACAAGAAGUGUGACAUGGCGAGUAUGGCAAAACAUUUGGGGGGCCACUGAAGGUGGCCGAGAGCCCCAAUGGCCACCCGCACAAUGUCGGCACAGCAUUGACGAGCCUAUAUCACUUUCGGAACAACGUCAUGUGGCGACGGAGUCACAAACAUCCCAAGAAAGAGAAAGUAACGUGUCUAUGCCUCGAAUCUUGGCGGAUGAAACUCAAUCUCUUGAGCCUCAAGUCGCAGGCCCUAUUGAAGCAACAACAGUGGCCAUCGACAGCCAGCAGAUAGCUACUCAUAGACAGUUGGCAGCUCCAAGUGUCGGGGGCAGCUCGGUAGACAUGCGACCAGCUGUUCAAAAUGCCUCAUUUCGUGGUCCAGAUCCAUUGUACUCGGGCUCGAUACAUUCUUUCAACCCGCUUGAUUACUCCAAUCUUCUUGCAGACUCCGAUUCGGAGCGAAUCUCCCAAGAGAUCUCCUCGACCGGGUUUGUCUUCAAUCCCCUUGAUUAUCCCAACUUGCCUCCACCGCUACCAGACCCUGAUGUUGAGUUUGUUUUCAAUCCACUUAACUACCCGGGCAUCCCUUCAGACCCACAAAAUGGCGAUCUGGAAAAUCGUUUGUAA